AUGGAUCAUAAACUUGUCUCUGUUACGCCGCACCUUCGCCUGCGCGACACACACACACACAGCGGACCGCAGAGCUAGGGUAACCCCCCUUUCCACUCGUGCCUUUCCGUGGUUCUCAGUGUUGACUCCAGGAGUCGAACUGCCGACCCCUCCGCAUUCUGCUCAGUACAUGUUUGCCCGGAUGGGUGACAGAGUUGACAAAAUGCACGUGUAUGUAUGUAUGAUUCAUCAAUCGGUCUGUCUGUCAAAAACAGCACACAACGACUGACUGACUGACUGAUGGGGUCUGCACUGGAUCAGCAAGUAAGGCACAUAGCAUCCGACAGAAGUACGUGCACGUAUACCCACCCACCCCGUCCAUCCCAUCCCGCCUCGUCCGUGCCUGCACAGCAGCAAAAGCCGUUCCCUCAAAAAACACUGCUGAUCACUAUCUCCCUUGUUCCCUCCCAGCGCCCUCAUGCGCCGCCACUGGAACUCUUCCCUGAGGACACAAAAGACACACGUCGUUAUGUGCCCUUGCGCAUGCAUAUUGAGUCUUGUGUUAUCGCCCGGCCCACCUCUGCAGGAGCGCUGCGCUGCUCGGUGUGCGAUUGCGUUUGUCUGAGCCCUUGACGGUCAUGCAAAGCCAUCGAUGGGGCCUCAAUCGCGUCGGUCGCGCUGCUCUCUGGCCGCACCCCCGGCGUGGGUAUGUCCAGAUGCACCGCCCUCCUGCCGCCACCCGAACGAUCAUCCUCGCGAAUGCGGUCGGCCUCAUCUCGAGACGCCACCAGAGGCUCUGGCGGCUGCAGAGCUAACGACUGGUUCACAUCGUGGGCAAAGUGGCCCGCCAGCGACUCGUUGCGACCGACGCGAGUCACGGGCAGAUCAGUGGGGAGACGGUCAUCGUACGGUUCAAGGGUAUUAUCGCCGGGUAUGGGUGGGGCGCCGUUCUGUGUGCGGACAGGGCUCUGUGCGGGUGGUGGAGUGUGUAUCUGGAGCUCCAGGAAGGGGCCCGAUGGGACGGCUCGCUGCCCUGGGCCCCUGCUAGGGAAACGGGGUAAUGGCGGCUCGCCCUGUGGGGGGUGGGGGGGUUGGUGGGGGUGGCCCUCAGGCUGUGUGCUGCCGCCCUUCGGCUCGCGACGCCUGGCGCGACUGAUCGAUCAAACACCACACACAGACAGACAGACAGACAGACUGUUGGUGGGAGUGUGUGUGUGUGUGUGUUGGUUGUGUCCCAUGUGGGUAUGUCCGUACCGUUUGUUGAAUACGAUCCAGUCGAGGCAUGUUGACGGGAGCGUCUCGUCCGUCCUGCCCUCAGCCCUGAGGCCGCCACAACAUCCUGCAGACACACAGACAGACAGACAGACAGGCAGACAGACAGAUAGGCAGCACCAACACGCAUACGCACACAGAAAGAGGUACGUGAAUGCACAGAAGGGAAUAGGACCGCCUUUCGUUCUGCUAUACAUAUUACGUCAUGGUAUAAUCAAUGAUAGAUGUCGCCUGCCUACUUUGGAGUUGCUGCCUCAGGCGUUUUGGGUCCAGGGGUGACGUGUCCGCAUAGCCGCCAGCGGCACGCAGAGCCUCCAUGCGAUUCAUCUGGAUUGAUGCACACAGCACAGGACAGCAUGCUCGUCGUAUGUAUGCGUGUUGCCUUGCCAGCCACUCAGGCACUCAGGCGCUCACUGCCUCUCCCUUUGUUUGCUGUGUUGGCUCUCUCCUGUGAGUGACCUUUUCCUGCAUUUGUCUGGACUUGAGUACGAUGUACUCGUAGGUGGUGAGGUCGUGCCAUAUGAGCCAGAUGUGCAGCAGCACCAGCUGCAGCACCAGCACGAGCAGAGGCAAGUUGAAGACGCACACCAGGAUUAGCAAGAUGUAAAAGGCCACUGCCGAGAACUCCCCGUAAGCCUAGUGACAACACACACAUACAUGCACACACAGAGAGAGGCACCUUGCGGACACGUCCACAGAUAGGUAGAUAGAAGCUAGAUGGGCAGCACACUACCUCGAUCCACUCGUCCUCGACUUUGUCUGUGAGGAGGUGUUGGCCCAGCAGGCUCGCGGCCGUGGCCACCUCCAGACCAGUAAGCACCACCACAGCCACCACCAGCACCAAAAAGUACCUGCAUACACAUACACAUCCAUCCAUCCAUCUGUGUGUGUGUGGGUGGGUGGGAGCGGACCAGUAGUUGGCCUUUCCGAUGCAGUUGUUGAGCCACUUGCAGUGGUGGUCAAAGUUGAGGACGCACUUGUUGCAGAGGCGGCAGUGCUUGGACUUCUUGUUGACGUAGCUGCUGCAGGUCCCGCACACGUGGUCGUCCUCGUUCAUGUUGACGCACUCGGGCAGCGCGUAGAUGUUCAUGUCGGCCGGGUCGAUGACGGUGCACAUGUACGCCGUGUAAAACACCACUAUCGACGUCACCCCAAACACCAGACCCAGGCCAACCUGGUGGUUUGUUGGACACACAGAUCAAUCAAGGGACGCAUGGACACAUGGACCGAUUCAUCCAUUCAGUGCAUCCAAUGACACACACACACAACGACCGACCCACCGACAGCCAGCCAGCCAGACAGCCAGCCAGACAGACGACAGCCAGAUAGCCAGACAUAUAGACAGACAGAAUGACAUAGACAGUGAGUGUCGGUGCACACCUGACCCACCCUACCCCACCCACCUUGGCGGGCAGUUCCAGCAGUGGGAUGCAGAAGACGUAGUAGAGAGCGACGUCGAGUCCGAAGAUGGCCCAUGAGGCAAUCUGGUAGGGGUGGAAUGGCGGCUCCAUGCCGUUCUUGCGGUACCACUCCCCAUGCAUACCCACGCACGAGCUGCUCGGAGUCCUCAGUCGGGGACAAACAGACAGACAGGCCAACGCUCCGGCCGCACACAGACUGACUGCACAACCGGAUCACUCACAAACUGCAAGGCGCUUCGUUUCGGCGGCGUCGCCUCUCCCAGUGACUCAGCUCUGCGAAGGACAGCUGACGGACUGCACCGAUUGGCUCACUUCUUCGGUAAUCCACGUGUGCUUCUGCUCUUGUUUCCUCCCCGCGGCCGCGGCUCCGUCUCCUUUUCUGCUUUCCUCUGCGCGCUUGUUGACCCUUGGCGAUCCACGAGACGCAACGCGCAU